CUGGAGUAACAUUCCUUCUUUGCCAGUAUGGGUGGACGAGAACUGACUUCUCUUCUUCUUCUUGUACUGUCUUUUUGCAUCGACAGCCGAGAGAUUCUUGUGAAGACAGUUGGGAAAGAAGCAGACGUUACUCCAGUGUGCGGCAACAUAAGACUGAAUUUCAUCAUGCUGAUCGUUUGUAAGAUCAGGACGGAGAGGAACAGACAAGAGUGUCGUCUGCUGUAUCGACAUGGACACGACUUUGAACAUCGAUGUGGAUCCAGGUUCUCACUGAUUAAAGAAAAUCAGAUCGUAUUUCUCCACCUGAGCGGUUUAAAACCUGCCGACAGCGGAAACUACACCUGUGAGUGUUCAUAUGACAGAGGAACAGACGUUCUCCAUCUCAGUGUCACAGUAGAAGGGGAGGACGACGUCAGCAGUUCAACAAAAAUGUCACUUUUAGCUUUAGUUGGUGUGAUGAUAGUAAUCACUGUAGCUGGAGUUCUUCUGGGAUUAAUCCACAGGAGAAGGAAUCAUGGGCACUGUUCAAGGCCAGAAGCAUGUGGAUUACCUGCACAUAAAACUCCUGGCUCUUCAAAUGAAAAUGACCCAGAUGAGCUUUACACAAGCCUUCAGCAGCCCACGAAUGAUGUCUACCAAACUAUCGCCUCCAUUCAACACUGACAGGACAGCAAGACAAACUGCAAACAAAAUAACUGUCGACUUGGUCUGAUCCACCAGAUGUGGACGUCGAAUACAAGUCUUCCAAUUGUGCCACACUUUCCAUGUGACCUCCUCCUCUUCUUCUGCUACCUGUGUGUUACUGUUGACUAAAUCCCCGUUUACUUCAGAAAAUAGCAAAAACAACAACUUCAGAGCAGCUACUUACACACAGAAAAGAGCAGUUUGGGGGCUGAAUUAGCCAUUUAAUGACAGUGUUGUCUCCCUGUGUGGAAAAGUUCCAGCAAAUUACAUUCCCCCGUCAUUAUUUUCAUGGGGCACCAUUGCUGCAUCCUGGGCUGAGCAUCGCCCAAGAUGAUUUUGAUUGGUUUUAAUGAAGAGAAAGAAAUAAGCAAGAAUGUUUCUACACAGCAGUAUGUUGGAUGGUCUGACCAACAAAAGGCCAACAUAACUAUGUUUCAAUGCGUCGUGUGAAUGUGCAGAUUUAUGCGUGAAGACGUCUUGUUAAUGUAAAUAAGAGACGAGGAUGGUGUCCUUGAAACCAGCAGCUGGUUUGUUGUUAACAGAAGGACAUUCUUUCCUCUCAUGAGAGUUUCUGGGGAGAUUCACCACCUGGACACAAGAGAUAUUUGUUACACUGAUGAAGGAACUAUAAUUAAAUGUAUUUAACUGUUGGACUCUGACUUGUGUUUUCACUUGGUGAUGGGAACAAAAUGCUAAUAAAAUAUUGUGUCAUAUUGUU